AUGCCUUCCCUCGUGACUUCUCGGUCAGGCUCAAGUUCUUCGAUGAGUUCUGGUAGUCGAUUACAAAAUGGAUUUUCCAGAGUGAAUAGUUUCAAGAGGGAUUGGGGAGAAGAUGAGGAAGAAGAACAAGUUGAAGUUAGUAAGACUACUCUGAAAGGUUCCUCUGGUGCGAUGGAUUGGAGUCCUAGUCCAGAACGAAUAUCAAGGAAAGGCAAUCUUCCACCUCUUCCUUCUGUCCCCACUAAGCCGCCCAACUUCGCUUCUGCUUCUACUUUCAAAUCUAGCAGUAGCACCCCGUCGGCAUCUACAUCUUUGUCAACAGAGACUCCUGCACAAAGAAGAAGGAAAGCAAUCUUAGCCGCAAUGUCACAAAACACCGAUCCAACUCCCAGCCUUCCUACUCCACAACCAUCCCUUCCCACUCAACAAAUCAAACUUGAUUCCAUAGCAUCUGGAUCCAGGUCUUCCAAUGGUAUGCACGCUCACAUGAAAUCUGAUUCAAUCGAAUUUCUGGGGGGUACUUCCCGAAUGCGAGGCUUAGAAAAACCGUCUAUCCGACAAGAAUUACCUUCUUUACCUAGUUUACCUAAGAGAGCUUUACCAUGGGAGGAAGAACAUGCCGCUUCCAAGAAAGCCAAGGCUCGAACCGGAUCUUCAGGCAGAACUUCAGGUCCAACAUUGAAUAUCAAGCAGAAAGUCGUACUGAGUGCAGAACAACAGAAAGUCAUGCAGCUGGUGGUAGCAGAGGGAAAGAGUAUCUUCUUUACAGGUUCAGCAGGUACUGGUAAAUCUGUUCUUCUAAGAGAACUCAUCGUCAAUCUCCGCAAAAAGUACACUUCUGCGCCGGACGCAGUAGCUAUCACAGCUUCAACCGGUAUAGCGGCAUGCAACAUCGGUGGAGUUACCUUGCAUUCUUUUGGUGGCGUGGGAUUAGCGAUUGAAGACGCAAAUUUUUUAGUUGCAAAGUUGAGGAAAAAUAAGAAAGCUGCUGCAAGAUGGCAAAGGACAAAAGUGUUAAUCAUCGAUGAGGUGUCCAUGGUAGAUGGUGGGAUGUUCGACAAGUUCUGUAAGAUCGGUCAGAUAAUACGGAAGAAUGUCAAACCCUUCGGAGGGAUCCAAAUCGUUGUGACUGGUGAUUUCUUCCAAUUACCACCCGUCACUAAAGGGAACUCAAUGCCCAAAUUCUGCUUCGAAGCGGAUAUGUGGCAGGAAACCAUCAAUAUGAGCGUCAAUCUGUCUAAAGUCUUCCGUCAGAAAGACCCGCGGUUUAUCGAUAUGUUGAACGAGAUGCGUUUCGGUAAACUCACUCCUCAGUCGAUCCAAGCCUUCAAAAGUCUAGCACGUUCAGUUGAAUACCAUGGCGACCUCGAAGCUACAGAACUGUUUCCUCGGCGUGAAGAUGUAGACAGAGCCAACUCUGUGAAACUGAAUCAGCUGAAUACGGACGGAUACAGCUAUACGUCGUCAGAUGGAGGGAUGAUUUCUGAUGCUGUCCAACGCGAGAAGCUCCUUGGAAAUUUCAUGGCGACCAAAUUCCUUGAAGUAAAGGUGGAUGCUCAGGUCAUGUUGAUCAAGAAUAUGGAUGAAACUUUGGUCAAUGGUUCAAUGGGCAGAGUAGUAGGAUUUUCUCAUAAACAUAUAUAUUACACUGAUAGCGCAGGGAGAUGGGCUCCUAAUGGUGAUAUGGAGGGAAAAGACGAAGAGGAGAUACACAAGGCUUUGAAAGUACGUGAGGUACUGCAAGAAAAAAUGGCUUCGGGCUUUGCAAAACCCCUUCCGGUGGUUCGAUUUAAUGUACCAGGUGGGACAAGAGAUUUGCUAGUCGAACAUGAUACUUUCAAAUCUGAAUUGCCUAAUGGUGAGGUCCAGGCAUCGAGAAAUCAAAUACCUCUUAUCCUUGCCUGGGCAAUGUCAAUCCAUAAGUCUCAAGGUCAGACGCUGGAUCGAGUGAAAGUCGAUCUUGGCAAAGUAUUCGAAAAAGGUCAAGCGUACGUUGCGCUAUCACGAGCGACCUCGUUGGAAGGAUUGCAAGUGCUUGGGUUCAAUGCAGACAAGGUCAUGGCUCAUCGUAAAGUUGCCAACUGGUCCGCUUCACUCAAAGACCUCAACGUCUGA